UUGGAGACAAGUAUGGAAAUGUACUCUACUUAAAUGAGAGAGAUUGCAGUGUACAAAGAAGACAUCAGAAGAUUAUUGAAGAAGCUCCUGCUCCAAAUGUUACUAGUGACUUCCGCAUCCACUUGGGUCAAGCUGCUGUUUCUGCAGCCAAGGCAGUAAAUUAUCACAAUGCUGACACUGUGGAGUUCAUAGUUGAUACUGCUUCUGGCCAAUUUUACUUCAUGGAGAUGAAUACCCGUCUACAGGUUGAGCAUCCUGUGACUGAGAUGAUUGUCGGUCAAGACCUUGUUGAGUGGCAAAUUCGUGUUGCCAAUGGUGAACCCCUUCCCAUUGAUCAGUCAGAGGUUCCAUUGUUAGGUCAUGCAUUUGAAGCCAGAAUAUAUGAAAAUGUUCCUAAAGGAUUUCUUCCGGUGACUGGAGUCCUUCAUCACUAUCGUCCUGUUCCAGGCACAUAGAGUGUGAAGGUUGAUACUGGAGUUGAGGAAGGAGACACUGUUAGCAUGCAUUAUGGUCCUAUGAUUGCGAAGCUUGUUGUAUGGGGAGAAAGCCGGAGUGCAGCACUGGUUAAACUGAAGGAUAGCUUGUCAAAGUUUCAGGUUGCAGGCCUUCCAACCAAUAUAAACUUUCUCAGAAAGCUUGCUAAUCAUUGGGCAUUUGAGGAUGGAAAUGUGGAAACUCAUUUUAUUGAGCACUUUAAAGAUGACCUCUUUGAUGAUUCCUGUCAUGAAAACGAGGCAUACGAGGAGGCUAUAUAUAGUGCAGCCCUGGUUGCUGCUUGCAUUUGCAAUAAGGAACAUUCAAAUUUUAGAGAAGGUUUUCCUGGAGGCAAUGGAUUAAACUCCAUAUGGUACGCUGAUCCCCCUUUUCGAGUCAAUCACUGUGCGAAGCGUGUCUUUGAAUUUAAGUGGGAUAACGAUUAUGAUAGCACUGGCUCAAAACCACCGGUGCUUUCUCUUACUUAUCAGGCUGAUGGGCAAUAUGAUAUCGAGGUAGAAGGAGAAGGCACUUCCUUGGGCUUUCAUGUCAAAGUGACAUACCUAGGUAACCAUGACUUUAGAGUUGAAGUCAAUGGUGUCAGUGUUCAAGUUAGUUUAGCAACCUACGAGAAGGAUUUGGAUAAGCAUAUGCAUAUCUGGCACGGGUCUAAACAUCAUCAUUUCUGUAACAACCCAGACCCGGGGCAGUAUAGAGGGACGGACUAA